CUACCUAAAGUUAUCAUGGAGAAAUCCUUGGCAGAGUUAAAUAAAGCCGGCUCCCGGUCAACAUCAUCGCUGCCGCCUGAACCAGUGGACAUCAUUCGCAGCAAGUCAUGUUUCCGGAGAGUCAGGCUAAACGUUGGAGGACUCCCACAUGAAGUCUUGUGGCGAACGUUAGACAGGCUACCACGAACUCGUUUGGGAAAGUUAAGAGACUGUAACUCCCAUGAAUCUCUGAUGGAAGUGUGCGACGAUUACAAUCUUGAGGAGAAUGAGUACUUUUUCGACCGGCAUCCAGGGGCAUUCACAUCAAUCCUGAACUUUUACCGCACAGGUAAGCUGCACAUGAUGGAGGAAAUGUGUGCCCUUUCAUUUAGUCAAGAACUGGACUACUGGGGCAUUGAUGAGAUCUACCUGGAGUCAUGCUGCCAGGCUAGAUAUCACCAGAAAAAGGAGCAAAUGAAUGAGGAACUCAAAAGGGAGGCUGACAACUUAAAAGACAGAGAGGGAGAAGAAUUUGACAACACUUGCUGUGCCGAAAAAAGAAAGAAACUUUGGGACCUCCUGGAAAAGCCCAGCUCGUCUGUUGCAGCAAAGAUACUGGCCAUCAUCUCCAUCCUCUUCAUUGUGCUUUCCACCAUUGCCCUGUCUCUGAACACCCUACCAGAGCUGCAGGAGACAGAUGAGUUUGGCCAAUCCACAGACAACCCUCAACUUGCUCACGUGGAGGCUGUCUGUAUUGCCUGGUUUACCAUGGAAUACCUGCUCCGUUUCCUUUCCUCCCCGAAUAAAUGGAAGUUCUUUAAGGGUCCUCUAAAUGUCAUUGACUUGUUGGCCAUCCUGCCAUACUACGUCACCAUUUUCCUAACAGAAUCCAACAAGAGUGUAUUACAGUUUCAAAAUGUCCGGCGUGUGGUUCAGAUUUUUAGGAUCAUGCGUAUUCUACGUAUCUUGAAACUGGCUCGUCACUCUACAGGUCUUCAGUCUCUGGGCUUCACCCUUAGGAGGAGCUACAAUGAGUUGGGCCUGCUCAUUCUUUUCUUAGCCAUGGGUAUCAUGAUCUUCUCCAGUCUGGUAUUUUUUGCUGAAAAAGAUGAAGAGGAUACAAAAUUUAAAAGCAUUCCAGCUUCAUUCUGGUGGGCUACAAUUACUAUGACCACAGUAGGCUAUGGAGAUAUAUACCCCAAAACUCUCUUGGGAAAGAUUGUUGGCGGCUUAUGCUGCAUAGCUGGAGUACUUGUGAUUGCCCUACCUAUUCCCAUUAUUGUAAAUAACUUUUCUGAAUUCUACAAGGAGCAGAAGAGGCAAGAAAAAGCCCUUAAAAGAAGGGAGGCCUUAGAAAGGGCAAAGAGAAAUGGCAGUAUUGUCUCAAUGAACUUGAAAGAGGCGUUUGCUCGUAGUGCAGAGCUGAUGGAUGUGGUGGUAGAGAAGAGUGAAAGGCCUCAUGACAACCACCUCUCGCCUAGUCGGUGGAAAUGGACUCCCAAGAGGGCUGCAUCAGAGACAAGCUCAAACCGUUCUUUCAAUGCCCAGGAGUUAGGCUCUCCCAGCAAGGGCCGAGCCACCAGUCCCCAGAGGUUAAAUGUUCAGAAACUAGAAGAGAUGUACAACCAGAUGGCAAAGACACAGUCACAACCCAACCUCAAUGCUAAAGACAGGGGUUCCAGAGCUGGCAAACAGAGGGAUGAGAUAGAGCUGGGAGCUAUACAUGAUCAUGGACAGCCAGUACUAGGAACUAGAGAUGGAAUUGGAGACAUGAAAAGCUUGUCCAGCAUUGACAGCUACAUUAGUUGUGCAACAGACUUCCAGGAGAAUCCACGCUUUUCCCAUAGUCCUGCAAUGGACCUUGGUCUUCAGGAAAGCAACCGCUUCUCAUACAGUACAAAAACAACAGGGGAGCGUGAGCCCAUGCUGACCCCCAUGUCUGUCACAAAGUCCACAUGCUCAGACAACACAAGGAAAUUCUUCUUUUCUGGAAACUCCUCAAAAAGCCUCAUUCCCAAAGGAGGCUGCCGCAGUGAUGGGGAGUCCGGACUGUCCCCACUUUCAGAUAGCUCAGUUGUGUCAGACCAUUCUCUAUUAAGCCCUGAAACGUCUGCGUACACUACUGCCAGCAGCAGGACACCACCAAAGUCUCCAGAAGGCACUACCCUGGCCCCAACUGUCUUCACUUUCCACGACUCCUCCAUCAGCAAAUACAUUGAUGCCGAUACAGACGAUGAUGAGCACCUCCGCGACAUCUCUGACACCAGUCCCUCUGAGCGCCUCCUGGCUGAUGCAAGCCCAAAGCGCAGCAUUAACAUAAAUUACCAGAGGGGCACUAACCAUUUAGAAGCAGCCCAGAAAAUGCUGGGUCAGAAUUGUCUGUUCCCCCUAGAAGGGAUUCGUGGGAUAGCUCAUGAAAAUCACAUAGGACCAGAGAUCGCACGUAGACCAAAGGCCGAGAGGGGACGUCAGCAUACUUUGGAUAAAAGCCUCUGAGGUGCGAGUGAAGCAAAAGCUAACAGGAAGCUUGGGACAGAGUGUUUGUGAAGGACACCUGACAGGCUUAAACACUCCAAGCCAGAG